UGGACGAGAGGUCUGGUGGAUUGAUUUCUCUCUGGAGUGUCCGCCAUACCCUCUCUCCUUCCUCAUCUCCAAGCUCAGCCCAGCCCUCAGCCCUCAGCCUCUGCCCCUUCACAGCUCCCGAAUUCCGCCUGCUGCAGACUCGCCCACUUCUGUAGCUUCACGGGGACUUUACAGAUAAGUCAAGGGUGGGAGAGAGGGAAAAGUUUAGGUAGAAAACUACACGAGGUAGAAGGUAACGGGGCUGGACAAGUGUUCUGUAUUCCUGAUGAAAAUGCUAGGCCAUUCUCCUCGCCACAGACUCAAAGACUGGGCAAAGGAGAAGCAAGAUAAACAAACCCGAAACAGCCUGGGAGGCUCACCUCCCAGCCCCACCAGGCCAUGCUGGGGAUUCAGAUACCUCUGAUGUGUGCUUCCUGUUUGCAUCUGUCUACUUCUGGUUGCCCCAGUUAAGACAAAUAUUGCCAAGUGCUUGACUCCCUGUACCCAUGAGGAGGAUGAGCCCAGAUUGUGGGGACGUCUUCGAAAAGGGGAUGUGCUAGAAUAGGCCAGCGUAUUGUUCGCGCUUUCUCCGGAGUGAGUGUUUACUCAUACUGUUACCGAAGUUCUCUUGGGCCUUGGAGAGACUGGAAGAGUUCCCAGCUGCAUGACCUUGGGCCCAGCUCUCUCUCUCCUGGGGGGCCCUGGGAUCCUGAUCAGGCAGACAGCAGAGUCAGGUGAUCACUCUGUGUGGUCUCUGUGAAGAAGGCAUUGGAGUAGAGGGAAGGGAAUCCUUGUUCUGCCAUUUGGUGUUGUCCUUGUCAUGACUAACGGGCAACAGUCCUGGCCAGGCGUAUCUGCUCUGUGACUAUACCUGUGAAAUGGAGGUGCUGUCAUUGCCCACGGCUGUGGGACCAGAGCCUGGCUACGUCCAGUACCUGGAAGACUCCAUUUUUCAUAAUAUGGUAAAGGGCAGGCUGAUAACACGGAUUUCUCUCUGGAUGUGGUAUAGUCUCGGGAGGCGCCUGGUAUGAGUGGGCUUGGACCGAGCUCCCUGCCCUGACACCUCUCAAGGGGCAGUUAAGGAAUGAUCCUGCAAGUGUGCUGGGCGGGCUAAGUGCUGGAGCUGAGGAGGUGGUGGCUGUGGGUCACAGGCCUUCAAUCACAAUUGGAGGAAGGGAUUCAGGAAGUACUCACAGCUGCUCAGACAUCUCCGAGCCAAGUUCCAGGCAGCACCGACAAAUCUCACGGCAGGCUUCGGGGAAGGGAGUCGUGGCCACCUGGGGUGGUCACCAGACAAGGAGCGUAUGGCAUCAGGUACAGUCAGAGCUGGCACGCUUGAGGUCCGGGGUCACCCUUGAAGUCCUGAGGCGUUGCUAAUGGGCCAGCCUGGCAUCUCUCUCAACAACAUCUUCUGCUUCUCUUUCACCUGCCUCCUCCAUGUCCAGGGAAUCAUGUGCUUACAUCUUUCCUGAUGGUGUUUCGAGAAGAUGCUAGUGGAGUUGACCACAUCUUUUGACGUCUGACCUGAGGUUAAAAACUAGACCAGGGAUCAUCUGAUUCCAGCAGAAGGGUUACUGGCCUGGGAUGGCACAAUCCAAGACCGCAGACCAGCGUCUUAAAAGACUGAGGAGAGACUGCCAUCCAGCAUAGAGGCCGUUUCUGAUGGGACACUAAGGCUCAGAGACCCCCUUCCUGUGACAAGUGCCAUCAGAAACCAUGGAGACCGCGGUGAUCGGGAUGGUGGCAGUGCUGUUUAUUGUCACCAUGGCCAUCACCUGCAUCCUCUGUUACUUCAGCUAUGACUUGAAGACCCAAGACCCAGACAGGGACCCCAGGAACAGCUUCACCGUGGCCACAUUUCACCAGGAAGCAUCGCUCUUCACAGGGCCUAGUCUCCAAUCCCGGCCACUGCCGAGUGCCCAGAACUUCUGGACUGUUGUGUGAGGCUGGCAGUCCGUCAGCUUUGCUCUGCUCGUGGGCUCAGGCCUGCCUAGCCCUUCAAUAGCCAUGGUCUGGCGUCUCGCUCUUCCCAGGCCUCUGUCUCUGCCUUGAAAUGUUCCAUAAACUUCUUGCUUUUUCUCCCCUAUCUGCUUGCUCUGCCCUCUAUCCUGGGGGACCUGAGGUGUUAGGAUCAGGUGUGAGUUUCCUCUUAGCUGAGAAGUCAGCUGGGCCCUACUCACAGUGGGGCUGAGGAGGUGUGGACAGUCACUGUGUGGCAUUCUAUGGUGGGGUAGCUCCAGCCAGCUGUGGAACCUCCCCAGAAGUUAGCACCCUGUCAGCAGGAUGCCUGUGAUAAAGGUGGAUGCGCCACCCAAGGAACCCGCGCCCUCAAGUGGACGUUUUGAGGAACUACUUCUUAUUUGUUUGUAUUUUUGGAUGCCUCGCCCAACCCUGAGACUUUCUCCUUAAUCAGCCCUGAAACGCUGAAACCAAAAAGCUGUUUUCUGGGAACAAGUGACUUAUUUUAUAAUUGCGAACGUAUAUCCUUUUAUGGGUCUUUCCAAAUCUGCUUGGGAAAACCACAAAAGGAAGCAGGAUAGUAAAAGAGCCACAGAAAGCACAAGGUGUUUCAUUAGCAGGAAGGCCACCGAGAAGACUUUUAAGCACGUUUUGAACAAGACUUGCUUUAUUGCUACAGUCUGACAGACCACGUCUAUUCCUAGCAGAUGUGAGGGAUUCGCGUCACUUAGGAAUGAUACAGACAUUGUGAGCUGAGAGAUAAUUCCAAAAAAGUUAAAUGUUGUUACAUUUCAGUGCAUGUGAAGAAGUUGUUGUUUUUUUAACCACAAAUAAAGGGACAUUUGUUCCUUAUUAAUAGAAAAUCUGCCCUCUCUGUGAUCACAGAAUAGAUGCCGUCUCAUAUUUAAAGACUGUGAUCUGAAGAGUGGAGAACCAUGGGCCUCCUGGAUCGUAUAUCUGCAUCUAGCCCUGGAUAGGUGACUGUCUCAGGACCGGCCUGUUGAAGGGGACAGGACUGAACGAGGGGGCUCUGGGA